GUUUGAAACAUUUAAAGGAAGGGGCAUAUUCAAACGGUGUACGUUACGUAUAAUCGUGUACAAAUUUCUCCCAAAUACACGACGCAAGGAGGAAAAAUCCACAUUUCCCCUCAAUAACAGACUUAAAGGCAAAAAAUCGACGUUUCUCGUUCAUUUACGCUUUCGUCCGCUUUUAUCUCCCCCUUGUUCUCAUAUAAGGGGGAACCAAUAAUUAUUGGUUGCUUGCAAGCCAAUUGGGUUGUUUUUGAUUUCUUGUUGUCAUCAUCGAUAUGAUAAAAAAAGUCAUUAAAAUACGAUGCAAAUCUGACUUACUGCGAAUUAUCAACGACACACCGAGCAUUUCAUACCUAGUUUUGCUAUUGUCCACAUAGGUGUGAAUUUCGCCUCUCGAAUUAACUGUAUGGAGCUUGUCGUCACGUAAUUCACUAAUUUCUUUGGAACUUCACAAAUUUUUUGAUAUAAUGUAGUCAUCUAGGACAUUGAAAGGCCAAAAAUUAUCGUUUCUGGUCCUUCAGUGUCAGUGAACUGACAAUCUGAUCCCUAAGUUGCACGAAGCUUCUAGGAUAUGUAGACCUUUCUAUCGAUAUUGGUGAUUUAAAAUAUCUCUGCUACUCAAUGUCAUUGUCUCGUUUCCUUCUGUGAUUAUAAAAAAACAGGAUUUCACUUAAUUUUAGAUAACUCCACUGAUAGGCGUACGGUAUUUGCAUAAUUAUCUGAUUUAUUUCAGUUCCUAAGUAAACAAAAACCACACAUCGGAUAUUAACUACUAAUUUGUUGACCUCAAAACUUGUUGGCAGUUGGCUGUAACGUUCAAAAAUUUCUCUGUGGAGGAAGACUCGUCUGUAAAUUUAAAACUAGUUAAUUUGACGGAUGUGCAUUAGGGUUGUAUCUUUGCCACAUCUAAAUCCACACUUACAAAUGUAGUCCGAUUUAUAACGCUAAGGUUUCUGAGAAACGGUUUACAAAUAUUUAGCACACAACUAACUUCCUUUUUUUCUGUUUCCUGAAUGAUGUGUCAUGGUCUGGAUCAGCAGUUUCGCCCCAUUAGGCGAGAAAUAACACAUAAAAGUCGUUAGCUCAGUGUAUUUAUCUACAAGAAAAGAUAUUGUGUAACUUUAAUCUACAAUACAUUCGUUCUAAGUGAACGAGCAUUGAAUUCAAAUCUUGUCCAGCAACACAAAGUGCCCUCCAGCCAAAUUUGUAUUGCGUAAAUAUAUCACAUAAUUCUGAUAAACUACGUCUUCUCAUUGCAUUAUCGAAAUGUGUUAGUGUUGUAAAUAACACCAAACCUCUAUGAUGUAAAUCAGAUGCACGUUCUCGGACAUGAAAACUAAAAGAAAACAUCCAUCAAGCUCAAAGUAUGAGAGAGGUAUGGCUGAGACACAAGUUUGUGGAAGUAAUUUAAGUAACGAAGCACACAGAGAAAUUCUAACAGCUAUGUGGGACUUUGAACAGUGCGAUCCGAAGCGCUGCUCAGGCCGCAAAUUAGUUCGUUUAGGAAUUACAAAGUUGUUACGGCUGAACGAAAGCUUUGGAGGCAUUGUUCUUACACCUACUGCGACUUGUGUCUUAUCUCCUGACACUGAUCGUCAGUUGAUGUAUAGUGGUGGGAUUGCUGUAGUGGAUUGCUCUUGGGCUCAAUUGGAGCAGACUGGAUUCAAAAAGUUGAAAUUUCAUCAUGGACGUCUACUUCCACUUUUGAUUGCAUCUAAUCCAGUAAAAUACGGCAAACCGUUUCAAUUAUCAUGUGUUGAGGCUCUGGCUGCAAGUCUUUAUAUUCUUGGUGAACACAAUCAAGCAACUGAACUGUUAAAUAAGUUUUCUUGGGGUCAUCAAUUUUUAACAUUAAAUGACCAACGGUUACAAUCUUACGCGAAAUGUUCUACUAGUAAAGAAAUUCUCUGUUUUCAAGAACGUUUUCUGGAUGAAAUAACGCGUGUAGAUAGCUCAAAUACUGAAUCAUAUGCUGAUAUUUACGCUGAACUAGAUAAACAGAUUUCAGCUGGUUCUUCAAGUUCUGAGUAUUGUAGUUCGUCAGAGGAUUUCACGGAGCAAGCAACAAAAACCCAUUCACCAACUGAUGAUAAUUCUGACCAACAUGAUCCCCCUAUGAUUGAAGGUGAAAAAAUAAACAAGGUCAUCGCUAAACAAAUCGAUACAUUGGUUAGUUCAUUUGAACGAACCAAACUUUUCAAAGAAUGUGGCAAAAAUUGGGAUCGCUUCUACAAGCGUAAUGGUGUUCGAUUUUUCAAGGAUCGCCAUUGGACAACACGCGAGUUUACAGAAUUAUCAUCCUUACAUAACAGAACCCCAAGAUCUCUUCUUGAAGUCGGUUGCGGUGUUGGAAACUUUCUAGUCCCUUUAAUUGAAAGCAUGCUUUCCAUUUCAAAAGCAGGUAUAAAUAUAUCAGAAGAAUCUUGUCGUGUUUCAAAAACAAACGGAAUUUCAAGGAUAUAUGCUUGCGAUAUUUCACAACGUGCUGUGGACAUAUUGAAUGAGCGUCUCAAGGAACUUCCAGCUAAUUGUAAUGCAUUUGUUUGUGAUGUAACCAAACCCUAUUCUUUAAAAGCUGCUUUGUCCUGUUUGAAUUCAGUUAGUGAUCAAGAAUUCAACAAUACUGAACAUGGUGUUGAUCUAGUAACAUUAAUUUUUGUGCUAUCUGCACUAAACCCACAAGAAAUGCUCACAUGUCUUUGUAAUGUUGCAAGCAUCCUUUCACCCGGCGGGCGACUUUUGUUUCGUGAUUACGGUCAAUAUGAUCAUGCUCAAUUGAGAUUUGGUAGGGGCUCUCGUUUAUUUGCUGAUCGACCAUCCUAUGUUAGACAAGAUGGAACACUGUCUUACUUUUUUACAAAAGACGAACUAUCUGAUUUAUUCUCAAAUGCUGGUUUGUUUGUGCAUCGCCUUCAUUAUGUUCACAAAGAAACGAGAAACGCAGCUAAAGACCUGUGUGUGCAGCGUGUUUUUCUACAGGCUGUUUGUGAGAGGCCUGCUUCAUAGUGAAUUCGUGUGGAGAUAAUGGUACUUAUGUGUAUUACUUAUUUUAUCAGAAAUUAAUAUCAUUUUGUAUAUACAUCCUUUUGUAAAUAAAUAAAAAUGAUUUCUAUUCUGG